UCGGCAAAUUCACGCUGUCCUCCGUCGUGUCAACCGCGUGUUUUUUUCUUCACAACUGCUCGCCUUCCCGACCCCGUCAAUUUUUAAUUCGUUUCUUUUGAUCUCAUCCGGCUGUUCAAACGACGGGGAAAAAAAUAAUGGAGGUGGUUAUCGACUGUUACUUUGAUCAAAUAUUCUCCGAAAUGGAACGCAGCAGCCUUUUAUCCCGGUACAAAAGACGUGCCUUAGUCAAUUACUUCACUGCAAUUAUCCAAGGCUGUGCCAAAGGUGAGGAGCUGGAGAACACGGAAGUGUGCGAGAGGGCGGUCCUGGCGGCGUUGCGUUACCACAACCUGACGCUGGUGGAGAACGGGUCGAUCUGUCUUCUGGGGAAGUUCCACAACGUGUUGUACAUAGCGAUGAAGCUCUGCUUCGACUGGGAGCUACGCAAUAACGAGAUAGUCUCACGGCUGCUCAACGACAUAUUCUACUGCGAGAAGACCUUCGAGAGGAUAUUCGUCGGAGCGAUAUUCGGUACCAGGGUGACGCAUUUCCUGUCGGGGUGGAAGAGCGACUUCGAGGACCGCGAGGAGAACAUCAGAGCCUUGAUCUACUUCAUGGAUCACGCCAACUCCGGCCGGCUCCUUUACUCGAGUCCCGCUUCGACCGGCAAGUGUCGCUUCGUCGACGUCCCAAUGGAGUCCUACGGGCAAGCCCUUCCCAUCCGGGUUGUCAUCCAGCUCGGAAGCCCGGAUAUCCUGCUGCUCCUCCUGAGGUACGGAGCGUCCAGUUGCGCCGACGGAUUAUCUCCGUCCCCGCUCGAAAUGAUCCUCAACAAAUUCUCGGAGCUGGACGUGGAGCCCGGUCAAUAUCCGGCUCAGCUGGUCGCCUGUCUGAGGGUGCUUCUGCGGACGGUACCUCUGGUCAGGGUCAAUACCCCGAGUCACAUCGCCGAUCGGAGCGGGGUGGAGACGGUUCCGCUCUACGAUCAAUACCCGAAAUUCGUCGAGAGCAAUCUGGUGCCCCCCGAACGAAGCGGCGUGUCUCCACCCGAGUUGAAACACCUUUGCAGAUGUCGAGUGCGACAGUCGCUCUUCGACAACUGGGCCCUCCCCCACGGGAUUAAGGAACUUAGAAUACCCCAAUCCCUCCGGGAGUACCUGGACCUCCUCGCCGACUGACAGUCGGAAUUCCUGAUCGAGGGAUCAGCAUUGUUUGGCGGUGACGAGGCGCGGAUCGUGUCGCGAACACUCUAGUUUUAUGAAUAAAUUAUUGUACUGCCGUCGAGCCGUGUGUACCGUGGGAUUUGACAAUAAAUUAUCAUCCGUGGUUAUUCAUCAGACGGAACA